AUGGAGUCUUUUAAAUCAUUUGUAGUUUUGACGCUGUUGUUUUUAGUGCAUCAAAUAUCUGCUGGAUGUUCAGAUGUGCCGUGUGCUCCCAGAUUUUAUAAUGAGUCGUCAGUGUGUGUUUGUAACUCUACAUACUGCGACACUAUCACGAGAGUAACCAACUUUGAAUCUGGGACUUUCGCCACGUAUACUAGCAGUAAGGAAGGCAAAAGAUUCUAUAAACAAAUCAAUAAUAUCCAGUGUCGGGACCCGUCAGUGAGAGAUGAUGACGAAAAUGUCUACCUACUGGAUCCGAAGGUUCGUUAUCAGAAGAUCGAGGGUUUCGGUGGAGCUGUCACGGACUCAGCUGGUAUGAACUUGAAGAGUUUACCUUUAGCUGCACAACGGAAAUUAGUAAAAUCUUAUUUCGGUGGUAAUGGCAUCGAGUACAACAUGAUCCGUCUGCCGAUUGCCUCAACUGAUUUUUCAACACGUAUUUACUCUUACGAUGAUUAUCGUAACGAUACAGAUCUGGACAACUUUAAAUUAGCAAAAGAAGAUUAUGAAUAUAAGAUUCCUUUCAUUCAACGUGCAAAAGAUGUCGCCACUGACGAUAUUCAUAUAGUAGCUGCUUCAUGGUCACCUCCUUCAUGGAUGAAGACUAAAGACAGCAUGGCUGCCGGGGGUUCAGUUAAAGAGAAGUUCUUCCAGGACUACGCUGAUUAUCAUUGCAAAUUUGCGGAAGCUUACAAGAAGAAUGGCAUCGAUAUCUGGGCGAUGUCAACAUCAAACGAACCGACUUCACCUCUGCUGAAGACUCCUUUCCAAAGCACGUUGUGGUAUGUGCCGGAUAUGGGUGCCUUCAUAUCGAAGCAUCUUGGACCGAAAUUAAGGAAAUGCUCUGCAGAAGGUAUUAAGUUACUAACCAUUGAUGACCAGCGUGGCUUAAUUCCACUGUUUUCUGUGAUGUUUGGUCUAGCACCGGAAGCCAUUGAUUACGUGGACGGUUUCGCUCUGCAUUCGUAUUUAAAUAAAAUAACAUCACCAUCUAUGUCAACAUUGCUCCUGAAACAGUUUCCAGAUAAAUUUGCUCUUGUGACUGAAUAUUGUGCAGGAUCUUCACCAUCCGCUAUUCCAAAAGUUGAUUUGGGUUCCUGGUCGCGAGCUAAAGACUAUAUCGAAGAUAUUCUAGAGAAUCUCAACAGCAAUUUCGUUGGUUGGGUGGAUUGGAACUUAUGUUUGAACAGACAAGGAGGUCCGACUUGGGUCGGCAACUACGUGGACUCCCCGAUAAUAGUUGACGCUAAAAAGAAAGAGUUCUACAAACAACCCAUGUUCUAUGCCAUGGGACAUUUUUCUAAAUUUCUACCGAGAGGAUCACAAAGAAUACAAAUAACUGCUGGUAGCGAUAACCAAUGUGGCAAGUGCGUUAAGGAUCCGUCCAAAGAAUACAUUGCCUUCAUGACGCCCGAAGACACUAUCGUGGUCAUCAUAUAUAAUGAUGGGGAGGCACACGAAGCGACAUUACGAGUAGGCACGUGUGACGUCAUCGCUCAACUCGAUGCAAAUUCCAUUACAACCAUCGAAAUACCCACCACACAAGACGAUGGAAACAUGGAAUGUAAAGUCUUACUAGACUAA